GUGUCCCUUCCUGCUUGCAAACGGGAUCCCUAGGCCCUACCUUCCUGGAGUCGCCGCGUCUCGGAGCCGCACACUCCUCAUCCUCGGAGUCGAGAAGCCUCGGACCCCGGAGACCCUGCGCCCCGAAGCUCCCCGAAACCCCCUGGUGCCCUGCCCCGCGCGUCCCCAGCCCCUCCCCAGAGUCCCGGCAGCGGCCGCCCGACCCGGCGGAGAACGCGGCCCUCGUCCGUUCCAUCGGGGCCAUGGCCGCACCCGACCUGUCGACCAACCUCCAAGAGGAGGCCACCUGCGCCAUCUGCCUCGACUACUUCACGGAUCCAGUGAUGACCGACUGCGGCCACAACUUCUGCCGCGAGUGCAUCCGGCGCUGCUGGGGCCAGCCCGAGGGCCCGUACGCCUGCCCCGAGUGCCGCGAGCUGUUCCCCCAGAGGAACCUGCGACCCAACCGCCCGCUCGCCAAGAUGGCCGAGAUGGCGCGGCGCCUGCACCCACCGUCGCCUGUUCCGCAGGGAGUGUGCGCAGCGCACCGCGAGCCGCUGGUCGCCUUCUGCGGCGACGAGCUGCGCCUUCUGUGCGCGGCCUGCGAGCGUUCAGGGGAGCAUUGGGCGCACCGUGUGCGCCCGCUGCAGGACGCGGCCGAAGACCUUAAGAGCAAGCUGGAGAAAUCCCUGGAGCAUCUGCGGAAGCAAAUGGAGGAUGCGCUGCUGUUCCAGGCCCAAGCGGAGGAGACCUGCUCCCUGUGGCAGAAGAUGGUGGAGACCCAGCGGCAGAAUGUACUGACCGAGUUUGAGAGGCUGCGCCGUCUGCUCGUGGAGGAGGAGCAGCUGCUGCUGCAGAGGCUGGAAGAGGAGGAGCUGGAGGUGCUGCCCCCCUUGAGGGAGAGCGCGGCCCGCCUUGGACAGCAGAGCGCCCAGCUGGCCGAGCUGAUCACCGAGCUGGAGGGCCGCUGCCAGCUGCCUGCACUGGGGCUGCUGCAGGACAUCAGGGACACACUCCGCAGAGUCCAGGACGUGAAGCUGCAGCCUCCUGAGGUGGUGCCUAUGGAGAUGAGGACCGUGUGCAGGGUCCCUGGGCUGGUGGAGGCCUUGCGGAGGUUCCGAGGGGACAUGACCCUGGAUCCUGACACAGCCAACCCUGAGCUGGUGCUGUCCGAGGACCGGAGGAGCGUGCGGCGCGGGGACCUGCGGCAGGCGCUGCCCGACAGCCCCGAGCGGUUCGACCCUGGGCCUUGUGUGCUGGGCCGGGAGCCCCUGACCUCGGGCCGCCACUACUGGGAAGUGGAGGUGGGGGAGCGGGCCAGCUGGGCCCUGGGUGUCUGCAGAGAGAACGCCAACCGCAAGGAGAAGGGCGAGCUGUUUGCUGGCAACGGCUUCUGGAUCCUGGUGUUCCUGGGAAGCUACUACAACUCUUCUGAGCGAGCUUUUGCCCCUCUCCGAGACCCACCCCGGCGCGUGGGCAUCUUUCUGGACUACGAGGCUGGACACCUGUCCUUCUACAGUGCCAAUGAUGGGUCGCUCUUGUAUACCUUUCCUGAGACGCCCUUCUCGGGGACCCUGCGGGCCCUCUUCUCUCCUCUGUCCAGCAGCCCGACCCCUAUGACCAUCUGCAGGCUGAAAGGCGGGCCCGGGGACGGGCUGGCUCCCCAGUGAGCAGGCCUCUCGCCCCUUGUCCUGCCUUCUGAGUCUGCGAGAUGCUUGGAAAACCCAAGGGGACGGUGCUUGGCCUCUGAGCUAUGGAAAGCACCCAUAGUGCCACUCAGAUCGAGGAGCAAGCUGAACUCUGUCACUGCCACUCCCAGGAAGCCAUGGGUGAGUGUGUGCAGGCUGGGCUGUCCUCCCCCUGGGACCCUGCAAGGUCGUCAGGUGCUGAGACCCCAUUCACCAGUGCAUCACACCCACAGUCCUUUGCGGAGCCCUGAGCCUGGGGCCCUGGUAGCUCCGGUUCCAGGAGCCUCGGCAGCCUGCCCUGCCCAGCCGCAGUCUGGGGUAGGAGACGAGGGCCUGUAGAAUUUACUCAGCCUGCAGCAUGAGCCCCCCGGACCCUUACCCCUUAAGAAAGCUACUAUCCUGUGAGACUGCUUGGCCAAGAGGUGGUUCAAAGCCCACCAACCUGACUUGGGGUCUGGUCCAAACUGCUGGGGAAGUCUGUGGUUGUCUCCGAUUAAUUGGGGGUGCAGCAGAGUCCUCAGGUGACAGGUGAUGUGGAAAGUGAGUCACUGAAUAAAGGGGUUGAUUAACUAGGACACGCAGAUGUCCUCAAAUCCCCCUGAGUGUGGCCCACCCAGGGCUUCUGGAAAAAGGUCCUUCCCUGGUCCCCAGCACAGAGGUUCAGUUCUGAGAGGUGUAAGUUCGUGAAAGUGAGUGUGAAGCUCCACAGUUUCCACCUGAGUGGCACUGAGAAGAGCAGGCUGGCCUUGCCCUCUCAAGUGUGUCUCCAGUGACCCGUGGGGCUAUCCCUGAACUCAGAACCCAGAGUGGCACUCCUGCCUGGGGGCGGGGGUGAGGCCACAGAGAACCCUGGCUUACAGAAUCCAGGAUUCGUUUUUGCUUUAAGUUUUGACACUUCUUCACCCUUCUCAAGAAGGUGUGAUACAGUGUCUCUGCACCCCUCGAUUUUGAUUAAUUGUAAGGGCCACUCUCAUGGUAAUUAAACCGUUUACCAUUCUCAUAGUAAAUAAACUCACAGUUGUCCUUAAGGUUGGAGAGUGGGGAAAUCCUCCAAAGGGCCCACCCUCGGGGAGGGAUACAGAAGCAGGAUGCUCACUGGCCAAGUCAGGGAUGCAGCUGCUGCCCACACAAGCACGGCAACUCCCUGAAACCCUCUUCAUGUUCUUUGACUCAGCACGUCUGUUUAUUUCCUGCAGGUACUGUGGGGUUUUUUCCCUUUUACAGAUAACCUGAUAAAUAUUUCCUACAUUCCACUGUGUUCAAUAGCCAGUACUUUUUCAUUUACUUAUUUACUUACUCAUUCUCCCAUUUUUGUUAUUGUGACUAUUAUACACCACUUUUGAAUAUCUAUAACAGCAGUUCCUUCAAAUUACAUACAAUAGGGAGAAGUAUUUUCCCAGUUGAAUCAGGGGUCUGGCCAUUUUUUUGUUUUUGGCUAAAAAUUAUGCCCAUAUGAUUUCCCAAGUAACCGGGCCCACUGCUUCAUUUCCUCAUGGAAAUCUGAGCAUACUAUUUGGUUCCUGCCUGGAGAAAGAUUUGGAUUUUAAGGUGUGGGACUUCAGCAAUGGCUUUUGGAAACCUAGUCUGCGUAACAGCCUCGUGGGUUUAAUGAAUGAGCAUAGAACUGCUGUCAGGACACUUCUGGCUUUGGCUUUCGAACAAAGCUGAACACAAGUGUGGGGGAGGAAAAAUCAUUUUCCCCCAACCCUUCUGAGUUCUUGGCUGAGACCUUUAAAUAAAAAAUAACAGAAAAACAAAAGUUUAUUGAUAUGUAUGCCUCAGGUAUGCAUAGAAGAAGCCCCAGGAAAAUGAGUGCCUUAGAACAGCAGCUUAGAUCUCUGGCUUAGAUACGACUUCAACAAAGAACAAUGUUUAUGGAGAAGUGACAAGACAGGGAAAGCAGCCUUAGGCUUCCAAGGGUGGCAAAACAUGCAAGUAAACUGAUGGUAGCUAAGGCUAGUUAGUAUGGUUUGUUAUAUGUAGAUCCCCAUCCCCUCAAUCUCUAAACUGAUAGGAUCUAGAGUCUCCAGAUCUUUCCUGUGGAGGGGAGACAGAGAUAUCUCUGAAAAUACAUGUUCUGCUUUUAGACAGAAGGGGAAAGGCAGGGACCUUAUAUUUGCUUCUUAAACACCAACAACUCAAAAUAAUUGUUGCCAAACCAAACUUGGGUUGGCUUGCCAAUGGGCAGUAAAGCCAGUCCACUAACCCUG